AUGUUCUGCCGAUUCUCGCUCAAGCAUAUUUUUGACAAAAUUCAAAAGGAUCCGUUUUGGGCCGUCACGCGUUUCAGCUGGCUCUUCAGCCACUGGACCGGGUCAAAUUUGAUCUUCGGUAUUGUAUUCGGUGCAACGACCAUUGGGCUCCAUUUGUUCAGUUGGCUGCUCAUUUACACGUCGUACUUCAACGAAUACAUAAAUCGAUCCCAAACCGCCCUUUCUCGCGCUGUUUAUUGCACCACGCUCUUCACCCACACGCUCAUCGUACCGGUGUUGAUAACGACGUGGAUGAUCAGGGGGUGGAAACGAGUCCGCCGUUUCGCCUCGGUCAUCCGAACGGUGGAUAAAAGGUUAACGAGGGUCGGUAUAACCACGAGGAAUGCCUUCGUCCAGAUGGAGUGGCUGGCGAUGGUGUUCGCGCCGUUGAUCGGCGUCGUUUAUUUCAUGCGGAGAGCAGAACUUCCUCCGAGCGAGCGCGGAUUUGAAUUUUCUAAAUCAUUGUUACCUCUGAUGAAAUUUUACAUUUACAAUCAUUUUUUGAUCGGGACUUACGUGCCUUGUUUCUUCGCCUUUUUCGCUCUAGUCGUUCACGAUCGGUACCGAAGUAUAAACUCGCUGUUGGAAAAUAUCUCGGGGGCCGAAUACGGGAAUAAAGAUAUCGCGGGUAACGAGGGACGGAUGACCCUCGCCGAGUGGAUAGCUGCGGUUCGCGAACUUCGGGCGCUUCAUCGCAAGCUUUAUUUUGCCGCGGAGAAAAUUUCGCAGGCCUUUGGUCUCCAGAUUCUGCAGCUCACCGUGUUGACGUUAGGGUCGGUCGUCAGCGGUUUCUACAAUUUUCACGUGGCCAAUGUCUUUCAGUGUGGAAUGACCAAGUUCGACAGAAGAAGGAUAUUUUUGCAGGCCGUUAUCGAACUUGGCCCAAUUUGCGUGGCGGCGUAUCACGGCGGUCGAACGAUCGGUCAGGUAAUUUUAUUCUCUCGCAGAAAGAACAUCCGAAGAAUACUCGUCUGCGCGGAAUACAUGUGUUUUUUUUUUUUUGUUUUUUUUUUCUUUUUCUUUUCUUCUAUGCCACAGGCAAGACGCACGGUAAAUGUGCUGCAGGAUGUCGGUGUUUCCAACGAUAUUCUGCGACUGGAAGUGAGGCGAAUUUUUCGACUAGUCACGAGAAAGUCGAUCACGAGUGAUGAAUAUCUGUAUUCUUUUUCUUGUUCAGAUUUCAGCGUUUUCUCUUCAGCUGAUCGAUUACGAUCUCCGUUUUUCGGCGUGCGGUUUCUUCGACAUCGACUUGUCGUUGAUUCGGAAGAUUACCGGAACCGUUAUGACUUAUUUGAUCAUUCUGAUCCAAAUCGGCAACCUGCAAGAACACUGUCGGAGCAUUUCGGGCUGGACGGAUUAUUCCCGAAACAAUUUCACGAAUUCCUCAAAUAUUUUAUAGACGUGUUGACUAACCAUUUGCUGAUGAGCUUUUUCUGUUUUAAUGCGAGGCGUUCGCAAAAGCGCUGUAUCAUGUGUAUUCAUAACGUUGGUAAAUCCAUUAUCUCGGUAUUACACGAUACACCUAAAUUACGUAAAGUAAAGGGACAGUGGUACUCGUAUUGCGAACGAAGCUUUUAUUCUGCUUAUUUUUCUGAUCAUCCGGUUCAAAGGUAAAAGGUCGGUACAAAAGCACAUGUGUAUCAAUUGUUCUUUUUUUUUUUCUUUGGUAUCCAUUAAUUGUUUUAUCGAUCUACAUCACCAGUCUUCGAUUUUUUUUGGCGAGAAUUCUCAAGAUGUUCCUCUCGCGAGUUGAUGGAUAAUUUUCAAGAGCAUCGAUGUCUUCUUUUCGACCGAUAUUGUAACAUCCGAUGAAAACGAACAGUAAAAAUCUCGUCGUUCGUGGAAGGUUAUUUUUUCAUUCCAAUAAAAGACGAACUAUGUGCAUGGGAUAUAAAUUUACAUGCAAUUCCCGCGGUUGAUCCUCUACAAUUUCCUUUGUCUUUUUAUUUCGAUUCAAUGCAAUCGAGUUCAAAUAAAAUAUUCAUUUCGCUGUACGGCGAAUUAAUAUUGUUCUGAAAAAAUGUACAAAUGGUAUUUCUGCUCGCCUCGAUCGGUUAUCCGUUUCGUAACAUCAAACGAAUAUAGGCGUACCACUAUUUUCAGCUUUCGAGAUCAUGUUCGACUACUUUUUCCACCGAAAUCACUCGUAUUUUUGCGUUUUCGGGUGCGUUAAUUUUCCAACCUGAUUUUGAUAUAAUAUGUUCAUAAUUUUUCGGAGAUUCAUCUUCCGCCUACGUCGGAAAUGACAUCGCACACGUGAAAAAUGCACAUCUGGAAAGUGUAUCGUUAUCCUAGCGUCGUAGAUUAUCGUUCGUUCCAGUCUGUGACCGUGUGUAAAAUAAAAGAAAAAAAAAAAAGAAA